AAUUUUUUAAUACAAUUAUUUAUAGUUCCAAUCUAUAUAAAAUCAAACAUUUAAACAAAACCAAAAACCGUACACAACAAUACUUACUCACGAUCUUUGGUUCAGUUUUAAAACAUUAAUAUUAAAUAUAAAGUUAAAAUGAUUACAUUGAAUGGUUCUUUUGUUAGAUAGGUACUCUAAUGAUUGUUGAUGUAUUUCGUAAUUAGGAGUAUAAACAAUAGAAGGAGCUAUCUUAAAAGUUUAACAAAAGUUAAGUAAUAUAAUACCGGUGGGAUAAAUUCGUUCAAAAAUAAUUUUAAUUACAUUGUACUUAAAUCGAUUUUAUUUAUUAAUAAAUAACACGUCAUUCUAAACGUAAUAAUAUUUCAUUGUUAUUAUUUCUACACGCCGUAUAUUUAUGUUAUAUAAAAUGCGAACAACUAACAAAUACUUAAAUCAUUAUCAGAUAUAAGUUGGUACAUUUAUAAAAUGCAUUUAUAUUUUUCAACAAUGAAUAAAUGCUAAUUACUAAAUUUUAGUUUACGGAAAGUUAACGAACUCGAAACGAUUAAUGUAUACCAAUGAUUGUAUAACGUAUCGGUCUAGUUAAGUUGACAGAGAUGGGUCUUUCGAAUAGAAAUCCGGUUUAAUUAUUUGUUUUGCGUUCUUCCGGCCGAAACUUUUUACUCUGAUCAGUCGUCCGUACACGUUUGUGAGUCGGGUCGAUAUCAUUAGAACCAGACAAUUCGUAGAAAGAUGGUAAAAACUCGGGAUGGAAAUAAAUUGCCAUUGGACUAUUAUAGGACAUUGGAGCGAGAGACGUAUGAAGAAUGUUAUAUUAGUAAGUUUUUCCUUUUAAAAAACUUUGUGGAUGGACGCCGAAAGUCCCCCGGCUGUCUAGCUGCUGUUCAAAAAUGUAUUCAGCUGUGCCGGGAAAAUAAAAUGCCUUUUACUUUUAUUCGCGUAAAUACCACGCGGACCGCCCAGCCUAACUCAAUAUGGCGUAUCGGUCCCUUAGCCCGUACAACCGCCAGAAUUCACAUAAUACGGCCCGAACACAAUAUUAAUUUACCACGAACACGGCGCGAGCCAGAGACGCAGCGCGUUUCACCACCCGCAGCGAAACUUUGGCCUCUGUUCGGGUUUUCAGACUUUGUCGGCCCGCCCGAGCGUAUAGUUAACUAUUGUAUACGUUCUGCACACGUCGGCCGAGCAACCGAUCGUUUAUAUUUUUAAAUAAUUUACAGUAGAGAAAAAGGGAGUGUUUUCUUUUAUAUAAAACAAAAAUGGAACUAUUUAAGCAGUACAAACAAUCUCGAGAAUCUGAAAUAUGAUCGUAAAGUGUCUACCGAUAUUAAAAAUUCCAAAAAUCAUAUUUUAAAGAACUAUAGGUACAUCACUGAAAAAAAAAGGGAUAAACAUAUUUUGUGAAUCACUCUGUGUAAUAAUAUAUUCUAAAACAUAUCAACAUAAUAUAGUAUUAUGUAUGUAUGACUAGUCGGAGCCUUAGUUUUAUUUAAUUAUAACAAUUAACAAGCAUAAGUACCUUACCUACGCGUAAAUGCGUAAUCUUGACGUUUCUUUUUUUUUUCGACGUUAAACGUUAUAUUCUCUAGUACACGGACUAUUUACUGUUUUGGACGUUGUCAUUUAUUGUUUUAAUUAUUUUUUUUUUUUUUGUCGAUUAAACCUUUGUCUAGCCCGUUACACAAACGUUAAAGCUCUCAUUAACUCGUCACGACCAAGAUUCUCGUUUGGUUUCAUCGAGAUUUUAAAAAUGUUCGCUCGUGCAAUACAAACGAAGUCCCUCGAAAACGUUUCACCCACACAAGUUUUUUGUAUACUCAUUACUUAUUAUAUACACUAUAGUAUACUUACAUUACACGCACAUAAAUAUAGGUAUAUAUUAUAAUGUGCAUAUGUAUAUACACGCACGGUCGCGCGUAUUAUCUUGUUUGAAGUACACGGGUAUGUACAUAUAUUGUAUUAUAUUAUAUUAUAAUAAUAUCAACGUAUACGCAUAAUAUGGGUACUAUUAUACAAUUAUAUUAUGUAUUUAUGUAUGUGUUUCGUACGUUGCCGAGAACGGCCGGGACAACUUUGGAGUUUAUUUCGUUGUUAAACUAGUACUGAACUUAGUUAAUCUCGAUGUUCGUAUAUAUAUACGUAUUAUAUUACCGUUUUUACAUACAUACAUAUGAGCUCGUAGAUAAUAAUAAUGUGAUAUGCUUAUUACCUUGCGGUUUUCUUUUCCGAAGAACGCGCGUAGUCGUUAUAACCUACAACUGAACAAACAUCCCCACACACAGUCGUCAAUUUAUUUCGUAAUUUACACUGUAUACAGUCUACCGCGGGAUUAUUUUCCUCCCCUCCCCCUUCCACUAACCUAGUGGUAACAGGAGAAUAUAACCAAAGAAAAAUUAUUGUUUCGUUUGUUUCUCAUUUUUUCCCUUUUUUUUUUUAUUGUUUUCCGCUCCUCCUAGUUACGGCGGCGCGUAAGAGCUGGCUGGCGCUUCAACCGAGUUCCCGGCCCUGCCUAACAACUCCGCGACCCCGCAACCUCAGCCGACUUGGGUUUGAAAAGUUUCAUUAAACUCGGGAAAGUUCUCGGGGGCCAGUGAUGAAUGUUUCCUAUUGAGCGCAAUAAAUAAUGCACAUAAUAAAAGCCGCGUAUAUACUAUGUACGACUGCUUCUGCGGCUUUUCCACCUCCACCCCACUGCACUCUAUCACUACUACCGCCACCACUACCACCACCACCACCACCAUCGAUACCACAAUUCCACCCCCAGUGGGGUGUUUUCGUUUGCUCAUCGGAUCUACACUUAAUUUGGAACCACGGGGAUUUCAAUAAAGAUAAUAGUAUGACCCCGUGGAAACACGCAUAUUAUUUAUACACACAUAUGAGCACAACACGCGUGUGUUUGUUUGAGUGUGUGUGUAUGGAUAUUUUAUUCAGCAAGUGCUGCUUUGGUAUUAAUGUGGAUUAUGAUAAAUAGGCAUUAAAAAUGUAAAAACAACUUUAUAGUCAUCUAAUGCUCUUGUUGUUUUUCGCUUCGAAUAUUCUCCACGCGGGUUUGUUAUUCGAAUGCGUAAAUAGUUUGAUUGUUCUUUAAAACAAUAUUACUUAAAUAUAUUUAACGCGUUUCCAAUCGACUCGUAAAUGUGUCUAGAGUAGUGUCUUAAAAGAAAAAUAGCAUCAUAUGCACUUAAAUAUGAUUAGCGGACAAAAACACGCGUCUCAUGACACAAUCUCUUAUAUUAUUGCGUGUAGUAUAGGUACCCAACGCCGCGCCGUGUAUAGCUAAUAUUGUCACUAUUAUUAUAAUAUACAGUAUAGAAUAUAUUAUUAUAACUAUACUAAGACGAUCGCAAAAGUUUGAACCGAUAGUAAUAUUGUAAACGAGCUCUGCUGUAUAUAUAAUAUUAUUGUCGUAUAUAUGCUAUAGACAACUUGAAAUCCGACCAGUACUAUAUACGAUACGUAUCCACGCGUGAUAACUGAUAAAUAGAAGACUGCUACGCCGAAAUGCGAUCUCGCUUCAGUUCCCCCGAUUUAUCAAUUAAAAAGCAAACGCCCGCAAGCGCUGUAGCUAGGUUUGUAGGUAGGUACUACAAAUCGAAUCUGCGUAUAAUAUAUUACACUGCUGUACAAUAUCCCCGAGGGAUCGGUCUGUUUGCCUAUGCGUAUUUAUCUGUAAGUAUAUAUACAACAAAGACGUUUCAAAUUAUUGUGUCGAUUCUUACUGCGUUUUAUUCCGAUACGUAAAAUAUCAAACAACCAUCUCGGGUUCAUGCAUUAUACGCUUUUGACGUUACUUUUUUUUCGAUCCAUAGACUAAAUUGAUAGGGGCUUAGCGGAGCUACUGCGUCCCCCAAAAUUUGAAGUUUUUCAACAAAUUUCUGAUUUUUUACUGGCUACGUAAUAUAGAAAAUUUUUUAAACUACAUUUUGAACUAAGUAUACUUACUUCAUUGAUUAUUGUGAGUAAACAUAACAAUAAUAAAUUAUUAUAAUUUUUUAAGUAUUUAUAUUAAUUCAUUAAAGUUGAAAUGGCAGUCACUGCAAACUGUAUAAUUUAAACAUAUGGUACUUCAAAAGAAUAGUUAGUUGAUAACAUAAAAAGCUUAUUUUAGAGGAAAAUGUUUACCGAACCUCAUUUUAUUUGUAUAAAAUGGCUUUAAAAUUACCAGUCAGCCUCUAAACGUGUAAAGGGUUCUCUGCUACGGGUUGAAUAAAAACAUGGUUACGAAUGUCUAUAUUACAAUAUAAAUACUAAUUAAAUACUAAUUAAAAUACUUAAUUUGACGUCUAUCUUAUAAAUUAAAAAUUCGAGACAUAAAGAGAUCGUUCUAAAAAAAAAUGUAGAUCAAUAUAAAUGUGUUAUGAUAAAUUAAUUAACAUAAAAAAAAAAAUGUUAUAAUAAUUCAAGUAAUAAUCAAAUAUCAAAUUGUAUAGUUUUGUAAAAUAAAUAAUUUUGAAAUAUUUAUAUUAUAAAUUGUAUGCAAUUAUUGUAAAAUAUAUAAAUAGACGGUGUGGAGGUGAAGCCUUCCAUGAGCUUGUGGCCUGUUCUACGUUUAUAACUUUAGUCUCCCUGCUCUAAAAAGCCAAAUUUACGCCCAUCGGCACUCGUUUUACGCAGAGUGUAUUUUUCUAGUAAUACAUUGCAAAUGAUUAUCAUUAUUAGGCAUAUACAUUUUAAGCAUCUACGUUGUAGAUAUAUUUUUAAGUGUUGGAAUUUCGUGAGCUGCACGGGGACAUUUAGUGCUGGAUAACUUGUGCGUGUAUAAUACGAUAAUGUAAUAUUUCUAUGUGAUGAUCAUCGUCUUCGUUGUCGGCGUUCCCCGUCGACAAUGCAAUACGAGCCUUUUGAGUCGUCCAAAUUCGAGUCCUCGUAAUUUCUCAUUAUGCACGCGCGCGCACCGAAAACGCAUAAAAAGAGAUACAGCAGUAUCAGCGGACACCCUUAAAGACUAGGGAUGGCAGUGACGAUGAUUUUGAUAAUGGUAACGUGGGCCGAGAUGUUUAUUAAGGGUAGUCAAUAAAGAGAAGAAUAUUUAGCUGGAAAAUAUUUUUGUUUUGGCUUCUUUUCAGCAAAAAUAUGAUUUAGCUUUCUACCAUCAACAAUCAUAACUGCACGCUUUUGCAACGGUAAAUUAAAAUAAUAACACUCGUCAACAUAUUAUACGACGUGACGGUGUGGAUACACACAAUAAUAAUAAUUAUUGGGCCUUCAAUCGUUACGCGUGGAUUCGGUUUUCGCGCCGGCGCCGUAAACGUAUUACGAUAUUGCAAUAUUAUGUGCGCUGGUAUUAAAAUUAGAUUUAUUCGUGACACAAACGGUUUAUAAAUACCAUAGUAUAGCAGUAAAAACGUCUACGCGAACGCUUAUAAAUCGGCCACGAGUUAAAUUAUUGUGUUGUUACCACGACCGUUUUGCGUAGGUACGAUUUUUUUUUUCGCAAACAAUACUCCGUUGCUUGUGAUUUCAUCUGGAAUGGUAUUUACGAGAAAAUCGCCGACACGAGCGGUAUUCUAUACACGAUAAUAACAAUAUUAUUAUUAAGUUUACGGUUUUGACGUACAAACCGUAAUAUUAUAAAUUAUUAUAUUACACUGUAAUAAAUUAUAACUUAUAGCGCCGCUACACAUUAGAUCACAUUGACUAGACAAAAAUAAAAAUAGAAGAGACCCGAGCAAAUCACCAAUCAAUUAUAUGUCUCCGUUGCCAAGUUCUCGUUCGCACAAAAUCUCACUGUAAUCACCCGCCUAAAUAUAUGUCCGCUGUGGAGAUUCCCACAUCUCAAACUGUUGUCAGAAACCUACUGAUUCGCCUGUCAGAUGUGCUCUUUGAAGUGGAACAAUUGAAAUUGUUUACACCAGUCAGACCGUAGUAAAGUGGAACAUACUAUUUUUAUUUAUUAUAAACGUAUUUAGAAUAAAACGAACCCCAUGUGAUUUUGUUGUUUUAUUUUUAUUUUUCAUAUCAUAUAUUAUAUCCAAUAAGUUUAAAAUAUUAUUUUGUAAUUAAUUCAAGUUGAAUAAUGAUGGGUUAAAAAGUUUGUUCAAUAAAUUUAUGAACAUAAAUUAAAUAUUCAAAAAUAUUUUCACAAAGUACUAGUAAAAUAAGGGUACCAAAUUACUCACGUUCUACGGACACCGUAUCUCGUUUGACACUUAUAAUUAUAGCCGACCAGCCAAAAUACAGCACACCGUCAGGGCCGUAUUACCCAAUAGGCACUAUAGGCACUGUGCCUAGGGCCUACGAACAUUUUAGGGCCUACGAAAAUGAAAUUUUUGGUUACGAUUUUUCUGUAAUAUUUUUUUUUAAAGUUAAUUAACUAUUUGUAGAUGUUAGCACAACAAAUAAAAUAUUUUUUAUAAUAUUUCUCGUAUAUUUAUAUUUAAUGUUCGUUAUCGUAAUUCGUAAUAAUCACUUAAUGAAAUCAGAUUGGAUAAACCAUAAACCGAUAAAAUGCAUACGGUAUACGGGAAAACGACUGUGUAUGAUGAAUGAAACGACGAUUUCUGUUUAGAAUAUUUUUGGAAAUAAUACAAAAAUAAUAUCAUUUACGUAAUAUAAAUAAUAUUUAUCGACCGCGGACUCACCCACACACACACACACACACGCGUGGACAUUAUAUGCGGGACUUGUUCGGUCGGUAUCGCCAUUCGCCGUAUCGAAACGAUAAGACAACAUUUAAUUAUUCUUAAGUAAUCCUUGUCAAUAUUGUUAUUUGUUCGUAGCAGUCCGCAGUUCCGUACUAUAAAUUAUAAUAUCAUUAUUCAUUAAUAUCGUUUAUUGUCAAUUGUAAAUCCAGUAUAGUGAACUUUAAACGGAACAAUCUCUGAACAGAGUAGAACUAGUAGAAGUAAUAUUGAAAUGUCUGGUGAUGGGUACAAAAGGAUGCACGAAAGUGGUUCUACUAAAAGAAAAAAGAAAGAAAAACGAGAUUUAUACAUCAGUCAACAAAUGGGGUCCAUGAGCAAAUUCAUAAUAACACAAAAUCGUUCUAAUGCAGGUACAAGUACAAACCAAAUUGAGAUUUCAAAUAAAAAUCAACUAAUAAAUAUUAUGACAGAUGAAUCUAAAAUUGAAGGUAAUUUAUUAGGUUCAUCUCCUAAGAAAACUGAACCAAAUUUGACAACUCCCUUAAACGAAACUACAAGUGUUAUAACUGAAUCUAUACCAGAUAAAGUUAAAUCCAAUCUGACCGACCUUAGUAAUUUAAAAUUUAGUAACGAUCCUGCACAUUGGGAAAUUAACGCUGAUCUGAUUUCUUAUUUUUCUGAAAAUAUUCCUAUUCAAAAUGUGGAUGCAGAUUUAACUGUAUCUGCUAGACAAUUUGGUAAAAAAAUGAGAUAUUUCAGAAAGGAAUAUUUUUCACGAGCAUUAGGAAAUGGUGAGUGUGUAAAUCGAGACUGGCUGAUAUAUUCGCCAUCCACUGGAUCAGUGUAUUGCUAUGUGUGUAAAAUUUUUCGUCAUUUGCAAAGUAGUGAUAAAUUAACACUUGUGCAUCAAUUCGAAAGUGGUUUUGAUGAUUGGAAAAAUAUUAAUGUUAGAAUGGAAACUCACGAACAAUCUAAUGACCAUUUUAACUCGAUAAAAAAAAUGGUAGACCUUCAAAAAUGUAAAAAAAUAGAUGUGGAAUUAAUAAAUCAGUAUAAUAAAGAAAAAAUGUAUUGGAUUCAAGUUUUAAGACGAGUUAUAGCAGUAAUUAAGUUCUUAUCGUCUAGAGGAUUAGCUUUUAGAGGAGAUUCGGAAGUAUUUGGCUGUCCAAAAAAUGGUAACUAUUUAGGUUGCCUUGAACUUCUUUCUAAUUUUGAUCCUUUUCUUGAAGAGCAUAUAAAAAAGUUCGGAAAUCCUGGCAAAGGAAAUAUAUCAUAUAUGUCAUCUACGAUUUGCAACGAAUUUAUAGACAUUCUUGCUACUACUCUAAAUUUAAAAAUUGUUUCUGAAAUAAAAGAAUCAAUAUAUUUCGGUAUUAGUAUUGAUUCGACGCCCGACAUAGCGCACAUCGAUCAGUUAACGAUCAUUAUUCGUUACACCACCAUUGGUCAAGGAAAAGUCGUAGAGAGAUUUCUUGGCUUUGUUCCUAUUGAACAGCAUGAUGGUAAAUAUCUUUUUAAUGUAUUGACUAAAUUGCUUAACGAUAACAAUAUUGACAUAUCAAAUUGCCGUUCUCAGUCUUACGACAAUGCGAGUAAUAUGAGUGGAAUAUACUCAGGAGUUCAAGCUCUUUUUCGUGAAGUAAAUAAAUUGGCCGAGUGGGUUCCCUGUGCUGCACAUAGUUUAAACUUGGUAGGAUCUGUUACUGUUGAAUGUUGUACUGAAGCCAUUAAAUUUUUUAGUGUGGUUCAGUCAAUUUAUACGUUUUUGGCAGCAUCACCUCAAAGAUGGUCUAUAAUGUUAAAAAAUAUGAAGGAGUCUGUUUUUGUAGUUAAAAGUCUGUCUGAAACAAGAUGGUCCGCGCGUAGUGAUGCAACGAAGGCAUUAUCACUUAAUUAUGAAGAAAUCCGUCAGGCUUUGAUUGAUAUUUCAUUAUCAGAAAGACAACCUCCUAAUGCUGUUAAUGAAGCUAAGUCACUUGUUAAAAAACUCAAUCGUCUUGAAACUGUUCUAAUGUCUAAUAUUUGGAAUGACAUUUUACAACAAAUUAAUAUUGUAAACAAAUCGUUACAAACACCCGGUAUUGAGAUAUGUACUGUCGUUAACCUCUAUAACAGUCUUAUAUUAUGUUUUAAAAAAAUGAGAAGCGCCGAAGAAUUUGAUUUAUUUGAAGAAAAAGCAAAAAAAAGAGUUUCUGGUUUGUCUGAUUAUUCUGAAAUGGAAUCUAGAAAACGUAAACAUAAAGUCUCGAUAAAUGAUGGCAAUGCAAUUGAUGCUGUUGAUCAAAUGAGUGCUAGAGAUAAAUUCAAAACUCAAACAUUUUAUGUAAUAAUUGAUAAAUUGAUUGUUGAAAUGGAAAAACGAAAAAAAGCUUAUUUAAAAUUAGACGAAAGAUUUAAUUUUUUAACUAACGAGAGUUUAAAAGAUGAAGAAAUAAAAAUAAAGGCAAAUAAUUUAGUUGAAGCCUAUAAAACCGAUUUAGAAUCUUCAUUUGUUAAUGAGUUUUUGAUUUUUAAGAGCUUUCGAGAAACUGGGAUGUCUGUUAAUGAAAUGCUAAUUAAACAAAUAAAUACCAAAAUGGUAACAAGUUUUCCAAAUGUAAACAUUGCUUUUAGGAUAUAUUUAUCAAUUUUUGGGACUUCGUGCGAAGGUGAAAGAUCAUUUUCAAUUUUAAAGAGGGUUAAGAACUGGCAGCGGUCAACUAUUGGACAAGAUAAAUUAUCAUCAUUAUCGGUACUUGCAAUUGAACACGAAUUACUCCAAGACAUCGAUACCGAAAAAGUUAUAGAAUCAUUUGCAAACAAAAAAUAUCGUAAAAAACAUUUGUAACAAUAAAUUUAUAUUAAGACAUAUUCUACAUAAUACUGUUAUUUUUAAAUUGUUACAAUAAAUUAUCUUGUUUUAUAUUUAAAUACAAAGAACAAAAUGAAAAAUGGUAUAAAAUAAGUUGUUUUGUAUGGUUCCUGCAGUUUAAUUUUAAAUAAUAUAUUUUGAGUAAUGUAAAAUGUAUUUUUAGAUGUGUUAAAAUUGUCAUUAGAUAAAGUUAUGAUUAUAAAGUUAAUAAUUGAUUUUCAGGUUGUAAAUAUUUUUGAUUUUAAAGACUUAAAACACUGCGAAAAACACUACCUCUCCCAAAAAUUAGGUUUCUUAAUCAUUUAAAUACUGAACACUACAGAACCGUAUAUUAGCACAUGAUGGGUAAUAAAGAACUGUGCCUAGGGCCUACGAUAGUGUUAAUCCGGGUCUGCACACCGUACAUGACCUGCAGUAAGCGAACAUAUACAUAAUAAUACAUAUAAAAUAUAAUAUUCGUUAUCGUUACGAAUAUUUUUUUUUUUUUAUGUACGUACGCAAGCCAUGUGCUCUCUUAUACGCUUAUGUUUCAAAACGAUAUUAUUAUACCGUUCUCGUGGAUUUCGAGGGUUUCGCAGUUUCGUUUUUUAAGUGUACCGACAUUCGCCGCGUUCCGUUGUGAAAUUGGCUCCCACCAAACCGGAUAAUGAGAAUAUUAUACGAAAUUAUUCGCAUUGAGCGACUUGGGGCAUUUUAACUGCGUCCCUCUGGCCGUUUGCCCGGCGAUUAUUAUCCAUAUAGGUGGCCCCGUAUGUUGUUAUUUUUAGCCAGUUAGAUCUAAUGUGGAAGUAAUGUAACACAUAUUCGAUUAAAUGGACAAUAUUA